UAAUAAAAAGUCUUGCAAUUAAGAAACAAACGGUUAAAUUGAAAAUUCAAAAUAAAAAUUACGACAAAUUUUUAGAAAAAUGAAAGUGUUUGUGUUUAUCACUGUUGUCAUAGGUUGUUUAAUAAACCACAUAAAUGCAGAUACAUUUGAUGAAUGUGAAGAUGUAGAUCCGGAUACAUAUGUUGCCAGUUCGGAAAGUUGUUCGGCUUAUAUACUUUGUAAUGGAGACGAUUCGGAGUUGUAUGAAUGUGAUGAAGGAGAGUAUUUCGAUAGUGAAAGUGAAUCAUGUGAUGCUAAAGAAAAUGUUGUUUGUCCUUUGGAUAAUAACGAGGGAGAAGAUGGAGAAGGUGAUGGUGAUGGCGAUGGUGAAGAAGAACCUGAAGAACCUGUUGUAACAACAGCUGCUCCCACUACCGUAGCUACUACUACAGUGCCACCUAUUACAAUGGCCACGACUCCAGCUGAAAUUUUAGAUAUACCACCAGUUGUUAAGGAUACUUGUCCCGCCACCGAUGAUCCCAAUCAAAUUGUUUAUAUAUCCAGUAGUAAUACAUGCUCCGAUUAUUAUGUUUGCUAUCAUGGUCAUCGCAUUGAAAUGCACUGCACCGAUCAUUUACACUUUAAUACGCUAACGGGAAAAUGUGAUUUUCCAGAAAAUUCAAAUUGCAAGAUUAACAAUCAACCGCCUUCGCCUACAAAUAAAUGUCUGCCACAUGUCACCGAUUUCUUUCCUCAUCCACAAAAGUGCAAUUAUUUCUUUUAUUGCAUCAAGGGCUAUCAAACACUACAGCAAUGUCCAUUCUAUUAUGGUUGGGAUAUUGAGAGGCGCACGUGCGUCCAUAUGACACAUGCCAAGUGUUAUGGCAAUACGCAUUAGUCAAUGAGUUUUUUUUUUUGUUAAGAAAGAAAACUUCUCACUCAUUUUAUCGAGCGUGUCAUUGAUUUUAACAUUGAAAAACAGAGCUUUAAAGGAUUUUAAUUAUUAUAAUUAAAUUUUCAAUUUUAGUUUUUAAUUUAAAAUCGAAUAAAUUGAGUUGCAGCACCUGCGAUCUGAUAGGAUUUGAGAAUUUUGCAAUGUUGACUGGUUUAAGUUGAAAAGCCAUUCCUUUAAGCUCUGAUUUUUUUUAAUCUCAUCUCAUCCUGCUAAGUAUUUUGUAAGUAUUUUAGUUAAAUAAAUAUUAAACAUAAAAAAGUGUAAAU